AUGCUGCUGCUGAUGGUGGGUAUUAAAAUGUUUCAUGCAAAACUACUCACUGCUUCCUCAUUAUCGUUUAUUAGUUUAACACAUAGCUCCCAUUACCCUUAAAUAACAGAUGGUGCAAAGAGUGGAAAGAAGAAGAAGAAGGGAGGCUCCUUCAAGACUGUGUCUGCUUUGUUCAGGGUAUGUACAUUUAUAAGUAUUCCUUUUUCGAAAUAAAUGUUGCUUUUCUUCAACCCCAGUUUACACAACAGAAGUUAAAUUGAAUUCAAUAUUUUCCUUAUCUGUUUCAGGAAAAUCUGAACAAGCUGAUGAGCACCUUGAGAAGCACUCACCCACAUUUUGUGCGUUGUUUGAUCCCUAAUGAUACCAAAACUCCAGGUAAAGCUCCAUUCUAAAUAUAUUUAUAUAAAAAGAGAACAGUGUAUUUCACUCUUGAGAUGUUGUCCACCUUAAACAAUGACUGAUUUUUGACUGUCAGGUAUCAUGGAAAACCAUCUGAUCAUCCACCAGUUGAGAUGUAACGGUGUGUUGGAGGGUAUCAGAAUUUGCAGAAAAGGAUUCCCAAGCAGAAUCUUCUAUGGUGACUUCAAACAACGGUAUUUUUCAUUAACUACUUUAAGUAAACUAAUAGAAUAAUUAAAUAAAUAAUUGUUUUACUGAUAUGUACUAAAAAAGCAUUUUGAUUUAAUGUAAUAGUUGCCUUUAUUUUUUUCAAGCUUUUACAAAGUUACAAAGGGUUGAAUGCCAGCGCUAUUCCAGACGGGCAGUUUAUUGACAGCAAGAAGGCGUCUGAGAAACCUCUGGGCUCUAUUGAUGUCGAUCACACUCAGCAUAAAUUUGGCCACACCAAGGUAUGAAGAGAUUGAAACAUUACAGACUAAUAUAUAUAGUGACAUUUUAGAAAUUAUUAUAAUGGUUUUCUUUCCUUUGCAGGUGUUCUUCAAAGCUGGUCUUCUAAGUACACUGAAAGAGAUGAGAGAUGAAAAGUUGGCACAACCUAUUACUCAUACUCAAACUCUUUGCAGAGGUUUCAAGAAGAUGAUUGAGAACCAAGUCCAAGAAGAUGAUUGA